ACAAUCUUCAUAAAGUUCUAUUUAAAUAAUCAAAUUUUAAAUAUCUAUAAUGUCUAAUCAACAAACAUCACCGUCAAAAGGAAUAAAAGAACUUAGGUUACCCAUAUCUAGAGUGAAGACGAUAAUGAAAAGUUCUCCUCAAGUUGAAGCUAUUGGUCAAGAUUGCUUAUUUUUAGUAGCAAAGGCAACAGAAUUAUUUGUACAUUAUUUAUCAGAAGAAUCUCAUCAAAAAUCUAAUAAAGCUGGGAAUUUAGAGUAUAAGCAUUUAGCAGAAGUAGUUCAAACAAAUGAGACAUUGGAAUUUUUGCGAGAAAUAAUGCCAAGGAAAAUAACAGUUAGGCAAUUCAAGGAAAUGAUUGAUGACAAAAAUUCUGAAAGUUCAUCAGAUUCUGAUACUGACAGCCAAUCAGAUAGUGAUUCUAAUUCUGAUAGUGAUGAUAAAGUUGAAAAUUCAUCUGAUAGUAGUCACAAUGAUAAUGAUAAAAAGAAUGGAAAUAAUUCUUUGGAAGAUAGUAGUAAAGACGAAAGUGAAGAAGAAACUAAGCCAUAAUUAUAUUUUAAUAAAACUAUUUUAAAUAUGCCAAUUCAUUAAUUUUAAAUUUGG